UGGUGAGCCGUGAGCGGCAGCACACCCCUGUCUUGAUCGCCUGCUCGCGCCACGGUACUUGAACGGUGCCUCAACGGUACCUUGAGAUUCCCUGUUAGCUCGGCGACCUUCAACACCUCGGACACUCAAAAGGUUGCCACAUAUCAACUUCCUCUUCAACACCGGGGCUGUAUAUCAAACUGAGGGGUGGGCAUCGAUCAGCAGCUUGCAAACGUCUGUGGGCUGCAUGCCUUCGCUCGUUGCUUGGGUGGCCAGAUUUUCAACAUAAACACAUCAGUCAAGAUGCUUCCCUUCCUCGAAGUCUCUCAUCUCUCAUCCUCCGCACCCUUUUACGCGGCCAUCAUCAAGAAUAUUGGCCUGCGCUACCUGAGUGAGGAGGACGGGCCCCUACCAUCCAUCACCUACGGCCAUCCGUCACGCGACAAACCCGUCUUCCAGAUUCGUGAAGUUGACCCGCAUCGAGCCUUGAGACUCUCGCAUAUUUCCCUUUCCGCCCCUUCUGCGGCCGCAGCCGACGAGGCUUUUAGUUGCGCGCGCCGAGCUUCACCAGACGCCGGUGAUAAAUCAUUGCGGCACCCUGUUGAUUCUCGAUCAGCUGCCACAACCGCCAAGGCCCACAGGAGUGUCAGUCGAGCUGGCGACCUCAAAAUCAACGUCACUGACCCUGACGGCAACACCAUGGAGAUCGUAUAUCAGCCUUCCGAAAGCUACCCGUCCCAUCACGGUGGCACAGCCACAAGGUACCAGCAGUCAGCCGAUGAAGAACCAAGUCGGGUUCUCCUGUGGAAAUACGAUAUAGCAGGUUUAGAGCAGCGCCCAGGUGCAGUGUCCCAUCCAUCAUAUUCGGGAUCAAACCCUCCUUCGUGUCACCGGCGUUCUGCUGAGGUUGAGGACGAUGAUCGACAUGCUUCCAGGCGGAGCCACGUGUCGAGGACGGCCUCUUAUGCUCCCGCUGUCCCAACCAGGCACAACUCCGGAGGCAUCAGUCCAAGUACGGUUGUGGGUACCAUCUUGGGCGUCGCGGCCGCCGGAGCAGUGGGAGGUGCUUUGUACAGCAUGUCCAAGGCGGAUCGGUCCCGCUCAUCGCGUGAUGAUCAUGAGCCGCCAUCGUUUUCACGCCGCUGCAGCCACCAGGAGGGGCAUGUAGAAAAGUAUUCCGGAAAACCUUUGGAGUCUAGGGCACGUUAUGUGGAAGUGGACCGGGCAGUGGACAAGGUUCGCUUACCUGAUGAGCACCUGCAUACCUCUGGCAGUGCUUCCCGGCCAGGGCCGCGGCCGGAGUACAUCACUCGAUACAGCAGUUAUGCGGGCACUUCGCGAAGCAGAGAUGUGGACGACGGCUUUGGAGAUGGCUUGGAGGACGUUCGAGGCCGUCAUAUGACACCGCGGUCUCGCGGGUCUCCUCGGGACCGCAGCGAGGCGGACUAUGGACGACCACCCGUGAGUAUCUCAUCGGAUCACCACCACCUUCAAAGCUCAAGAGGCGCAAAACACCCGCCAAUGGUGCAGCGAAGCUACACAUACGACACGAGUACGCCAGAGCGGGACGGCUAUGCGUCAACAAAGAGUCAUCGAUCCUCGAGUACCAUCCACGGUUCCCCGGUUGAAGAGUCCUACACAGUCAGACGCUCCAAGUCAGGCACCCGCAUGAAGACGACGACUGUCAAAGUCGGUGGCAGUCCAUUGGGAAGGUCUGGCGCUUAUGGUUCGAGCCGUGAUGGGGGUUUGCCCAGAAAUGCUUCGGGUAGCUUGAGCGAGCUCGUCACACCUCGUGAGAUUCUGCUACCGCCCGACACCCCGGGUGUUCAGUCCACAAAGUGGGGCAGCGAGGUAGAGGACCAAGAAGAUGCCGAUAGCAUCGUACCCAGCGACAGCAUCAGCUGUGUGGGGACUCGCAGGAGCGGUCGGGCAUACUACAACUAAACCGGGGGGGGGGUCACAAUGAACAACCCAAGCAUAGAGAAAAAAUGGUCAUGGGGGACGACUUGCACAUGGGGAGCGUAUGUUGGAACAAAGCUUUUGUGUUCAUUUUGUACUUGGUCGUUUUCCGUGGCCGUACGGUUAUGGAUGUUUAGAUGUAGGGCAUGUGAGAUAUUGGUAUGACGGCAUAGGGAGACCAUGGCCAGUUAGGCUUGUGAUGGACAAUAUAGGGCGGGCGAACGAGCACUGCCACAAAUCGUAGGGCAUAUUCCGUGGUAUGUAAAGCGCAGAGUUCGGAAGGCUAUCACUAGUGUAGAGAAAUGAGUUGAACAGAAUAUUUUACGUAUCCCGUCCUGCUCAACGUACCUUUGU